AUGGCUGCUGCCAUGAUUAAGGACCGUGGACUUCGUAAAAAGUUAACUCAAGAGGCGAUCCCGGAAAAAACGCCUAAAAAGCCUUCGAAGCGCAAAUCGACGCCCAGUAGUUCGAAAAAUGAGAGGAAAAACGAGCAAAACAAUAAUAAAAGACCGAAGAUUCAAACGGGCGAUCCCAAACUGGAUUUGUUUACGACCUAUCAGCCCUGGGUCAUACAAACUUAUGGUGAUCUGGCCAAAACGAAAACGAUUACGUUGAAGAAGUACGCCAGAAUUCUGCGAACCCUACGCGGUGAGGAAUGCAACAGUUCGGAUAGCUCAAAAUUUCGCUUCUGGGUGAAGGCGAAGGGCUUCCAUGUCGGGAAACCUCCUGGAUACGAUGCGAAGCCUGCUGAUAGUAUUGUAUGCAGAUACAGUGUUUCUGAUGCUGAAGGAUGUACCAGGGGUGCAGAUGGUCAAGAAGUGUAUAGCGGGUCCCAAAGUGACCCGCCGCUCUACAUCCCGACACCACCUGUAAAGGUAGGCUCACACUCAGUAACAUAUAAUAACUUAGUUAAAACGCAAAAGGUUAGUACAAUAUAA